AUGAAGCCACAAGGAAUCUCAGAAGAAGAUAUCAAGCUGAGGGCUUUUCCAUUUUCAUUGACUGGAGUAGCAAAAGAUUGGCUGUAUUAUUUGCCAUUAGGAUACAUUACUUCUUGGAUUGAUAUGAAGAAGGCUUUCUUGGAGAAAUUCUUUCCAGCUUCAAGGACUGCAAUUAUCAGGAAAAGUAUCUGUGGGAUUCAGCAAGUGGUGGGAGAGACAUUAUACGAUUAUUGGGAGCGAUUCAAGAAAUUAUGUUCAAGUUGUCCUCAACACCAAAUCAGUGAGCAGCUACUAGUCCAAUACUUCUAUGAGGGUUUACUACCUAUGGACAGAAGUAUGAUAGAUGCAGCAGCUAGGGGAGCUUUAGUGAACAAGACUCCAGAACAAGCUAGGGAGCUUAUUUCAAACAUGGCAGAAAAUUCACAACAAUUUGGAAGUAGAGCUUUGACAACAAGAGGGGUUGGAGAGGUUCAAAUGGUUUCCAAUGAACAGAAGGAGAUAAGAAGCUCAUUAUUGGAGUUAACAUCUUUGGUAAAGCAAUUGACACUGAAUAAUGCUAAUCAAGCUUCCAUUUUGCCAAGUACACAUUUUCCAUAUCAAUCGAAGGGAGUUUGUGGCAUUUGUUCAAGCCAAGACCACAAUUCAGAAUUGUGCCCAAAUCUUCAUCAAGAUGAGUCAGUAGCAGCAUUUUCUAGAGCUCAAUUUCCUCAAAAAUAUGACCCCCAUUCUUCUACUUAUAAUCCUGGUUGGAGAGAUCAUCCCAAUUUCAAGUAUAGCAAUUCAUUUUAUCAGCAACCAACUUUGAAUCAGAAUUUCCAGCAUUCUUACCAGCCUGCAAAUCAAUUCCAGCAGCAGAAUCAAAAUUUUCAGCAACCUGCAAAUCAAUUCCAGCAGCAAUUUCAACCUUUUCAGCAGUUUCCAAAUCAAAAUCAGCAAUGGCAAGUCCAAAAUCAGGGAGUUCAGCAGGGGCAAAAUGCAAUCCAGAAUGCACUUCCAGCACCUUCAAGAUUAAGUUUGACUCAAGGAAGUUCUAAUAGCUCUUCCAAUUCGGAUGCACAACAAAAGAUGGAUGAUUUAAUGCAAAAAAUUUUGCAACAGCAGUAA